GGGUUAAGAUUGUUGACAAUUGUGCAAUACAAACAACACAACACGGUGGAAAGGAGGGCCCGUAAUUCUGCCUCCUUUUCCAAUUAGUCGCUUUUUGUUGUUAAGUAAAAUGAGAUAAAAUAGUGUAAUAAUUAUUACCUUACCUUCUAGGAUUGAGUUUAAGCAAAACAGUUCACUGCUCGAAGCAAGCGGCACGCCGUGCGACCGCCCGGUGUUAGUAUGCGGUUAUGUAAAAUGUUCCCACUGGUUGGGAAUGUGCUCCGGAACGCCGGUUCUGCGACAUUGCACCAACGAUCCUACUGCACGCCGGUUGUAAAUAUUUUCGAUCGCAAUGUGAAACGUUUGCAACGGGAACGAGCUGCCAAACGGGACGAUGUGGAGCUGUACGAUUACAUCAAGGAGGAGGUGGGCUACCGGCUGGCCGACCGUAUCUUCGACAUCAAGCGCCAGUUUACGAAUGCGGUCGAUCUGGGUGCCGGCCGUGGGUACGUCACCAACCACGUGCUGGGCGAAACGGUCCAGAAGCUAACUGCCAUCGACCUUAGCCCGGCAAUGCUGGCCCAAAUCAAGGGUUCGCCCGGGCUGGACUUUAGCGUGCGCGAGAUGGACGAGGAGCGGUUCGCGUUCGAGCCGGAUUCGCUCGAUCUGGUCGUGUCCAGCCUGAGCAUGCACUGGAUCAACGAUCUGCCGGCCUGCUUUCGGGCGGUGAAUCGUGCCCUCAAACCGGACGGCGUGUUUAUCGGGGCCAUGUUCGGCGGGGACACGCUGUACGAGCUGCGGUCGGCCCUGCAGCUGGCGGAGCAGGAGCGAAGGGGUGGUCUCGCGCCGCACGUUUCCCCCUUCACGCAGAUCCGGGACGUGGGCAUGCUGCUGAACCGGGGCGGCUUCACCAUGCUGACGAUCGACACGGACGAGCUGGUGAUCGGGUAUCCGUCCAUGUACGAGCUGAUGUUCGACCUGCAGGGGAUGGCGGAGAGCAAUGCGGCGUUCAACCGACCGCUGCACGUGGGGCGGGAUACGCUGAUGGCGGCGGCCGCCAUUUACCGGGACAUGUACGCCCGCAAGGAGGAGGGCGUGUCGGCCACGUUUCAGAUCAUUUUCUUCGUCGGCUGGAAACCGUGCGCUAGUCAGCCGCAGCCGGCGGAGCGCGGUUCGGGCACGGUUUCGCUGAAGGAUCUCGGGAAGGUGAUGACGCCAAAGGGUGGCGCCAGUUCGGGAUGUAAAAGUUGAGCCGGAAAUCGGGGAAGUGAUUUAAAGUUCAAGACCACGUUUAUUAAUGUAAUAUAUAGGAAAAGGAUGGUGGUGCAGAAAUGUUUUUUUUUGGUUUGCAAGUUUUUUUUAUACCCAAUCAUACUAUUCACUAUCAGAGCUGACGACAACAAGAAGAUAGGAAAAUGAACAGCACAAAAACACGCUCCUGCGCACCUACUUUGAUGUCCUAUUUUCUACGCGUGUCCCCACCAAACCAUCGUUUCCUUGUUUUGUUUUUUGUUUCAACUCAAACUCAACGUAACGAAAUUACUUAUGAAAUAAGUGAUUAUAAUAUGUGUGUAACGAAGCAAUAAAAUAAAAUAGGCACUGCGAGACGCAAAAAAUAACCAACACAAAAGUAACGUAAUUCCUUCUGAAGUACUUGAGCGUGUAGAUCGUAUCCAUACAUAUAUCAAUUGUUUUCUUUUUUUAGUAAUAAUAUUUAUAGCCAGGUUUUAUAAACCGAUUUCCAUCACCUUGUUUUUGUGUUGUUUUUUGAUAAUGGUGCUUUUUACACAGUACUGGUAGCAUCUUUAAGAAGGCUAAUAAUAGCCCCGCAUAAUAUGGUAUAAAGAAGAGUAGAGUGGAAGGGAGAGAGAGAGAGUGUGUGUGUCCCUUUUAAAGGACAUUUCGAGGGGUGGAAACAAACAUAAAAGUGUAUUUUUUUCUCGCAAAAAGUGAAGAUGGGAAAAAAUAAUGGAACAAAUCGUUAAAACUGAAAAAGCGAGAUUAAAGUACAUCGGUGGAAAGAUCACUUCGCCAUAAGUACAGUAAUUCCCUCUGGUUAAGCUACGAGUAGUUACGCUACUUCUAGGAGGAGAAAGGAGCAAACGAGAGCGAGAAGCGUAGGUUUGCAAACCUGUUAAGUUUGUUUUUUGUUAAAUUCUUAUCAUAAUCUGCAGUGAAAUUAUUACUUUUAAAGUACAUUUGCUUGCUGUUUGGAGGUGUUUUUAAUUCACACCACUAAAUGUAUCAUACUCUAAUGCGCUAUAAACUGCAUGUAAUACGUUUUGUAUUAUGUGUGUGUGUGUUUUUGUUUUGUUUGUAAUUUAGAAAACGUUCCUAUACUACUAUUUCACCAUUGAAACGCGCUCCCUUGCGUAAUAAACAGCCUUUUGUUGUGUUUAAUAAAAACGUAAAAUUUGGAACA